CAUUGACCAGGACUUGUUUUUCAUAGGCCCAGUGAACUGACUUCCAUUCAAGCAAAUGUUGAAAUCAGUUUGCCAGGCUACACUACUUGCAACCACAAGAAGGAGAACUGCAACUUUCCUGCAAGCCUGUGUUAUCAAUAACCACCACCAGGUCACUAGCCCUCGUAUCACCCGAGCUCUCGCUACCAGUGCGAAUGCUUCUUUGAUACCUGAAACUCAUUUGAGAAGCUACGGGCAGCCUGUUUUCGAAACUCAUCCAUAUGCUCUCGAGAAAAAUGAACUCACUCCCGGGGUAUCUGCUCUUGAGUAUGAAUUGAGACGAACGGCGCUUAUGAAUUCUCUGCAUGAAGGAAGUCUGGUUGUUUCGUUAGGGUAUCGAACUCGAUAUAUGUCCAACAAUGUAUUCUACCCAUUCCACCAGAAUACCGACUUUUGGUAUCUAACAGGUUUUAACGAACCAGAUGCUGCUGCCAUCCUCGAAAAGGACUCCUCGCCUAAAGGGUACAAAAUGACCAUGUUUGGUUUGCCCAAAAAUCCAAGCGUCGAACUUUGGGACGGUCCAAGAACAGGAUUGGAUGGGAUCAUUGAAAAAUUUGGAGCGGAUGAGGCAUUCAACUCCAUGCAAUUUCCAACUCGCUUGAGGGAAGCCAUCAAUAAUGCCAAAUGUAUAUAUGUGGAUACAAACAUGUCAUCAGGAUCUAUCUUGUCGUCCUCUGAACCUGCAAAAAAAUUAAUAUCAUAUGGAAAGACAUCCAAACCAGUGAAGCAAUUAAGCCCACUUGUGCAAGAAUUCAGAAACGUCAAGAGUGAAGCGGAAGCUAAAGUUAUGAGACAAUCGGGAGAAAUUAGCAGCAAGGCUUUCAUUGAGGCUAUGAAAUUUACAAAGCCUGGUAUCACCGAAGGGCAGUUAUGGGCAAAGCUGGACUUUGAAUGUCGAAUGAGAGGAUCGAGUAUGUUAGCUUAUGUACCAGUAGUUGCUGGAGGUCCCAAUGCACUAUCUAUGCAUUAUGUAAGAAAUGACAUGAAGUUAAGGAAUGGUGAUUUGGUUUUGGUUGAUUGUGGUGGAGAAUACAAUGGAUACGCAAGUGAUAUCACACGAACAUGGCCUGUCAACGGGAAAUUCUCAGAUCCACAGAGAAAGCUAUACCAAGCCGUCUUGAACGUCAACAAAGCCUGCAUAAAACUUUGUACGGAAUCUCACAAUAUGUCACUCCAUGGCAUUCACGACGUAUCGGUACGAUUAAUGAAGCAAGAGUUAGACAAGAUCAACUUUCACGUCAAGACUGGGGACGUGGAGCGUAUUUUGUACCCACAUCACGUCGGUCAUUAUCUAGGAUUGGAUGUACAUGACUGUCAUGACUUGGACAGAUCUCGACGACUGAGGAAAGGAAUGGUCAUUACCAUCGAACCUGGCCUUUAUGUACCAUAUGAUGAUCGUUUUCCAAAAGAAUACCAGGGAAUUGGAAUUCGCAUCGAAGAUAAUGUUUGCAUCGGGAAAGAGGACCCUUGGGUCUUAACUGCCACUGCUCCUAAAGAGAUUGUUGACAUCGAGUUCUGUUGUGAAAGCUCGUAAACCUUGCCAAGCUGUUACCAAAAAAACCAAUGUCGUUCCUCUAGGUAUGGUUUAGCAAGCUAAGGUCUCAAAAGCGGUCUCCACUUCCAUUUACUUCUCCGU